AUGGCUUCUUUGGCUGCCAGUCUACAUCGAAUCAGCUCCAAAUACUGUCUACCCAUUGUGUGUGUUAAUCAGGUGACAGAUUCCAUGCAGAGUAUAGGCAAGAAAAAUAUCCCGGCCCUUGGACUGGCCUGGUCCAAUCAGAUCACCUGUCGACUCAGUCUAUCCCGGACUAAUCGGGAAGUGGACCUUCCCCGGAUCAUCCUCAAAGGAUCAGUAAUUGGGGGAUUCCCCACCUCUAUCCGGACCUUGGAAGUAGUGUUUGCUCCGAAUCUCCCCAACCUUUCACUGAUGUAUGUAAUUGAUCAGGAGGGGAUCAAGGCCUUAACAUAGCAACAACAUGUUAUAUAUAUAUAUAUUGAUGUAAUGUAUAUAAUGUUUAUGAAUUUGUUCCUUUGUAUGUUUCUUGGUUUCAUGUUUUCAGUCACAUAAAAGAACAAAAAAAGA